AUGCUCGCGUUCCAUUUGUUCCUCUGCAGUUUGUUUACGGGCGCCUGGAGCUGGAGUUAUGGCGAACCCAAAUAUUAUGCCUCAACGUGCGACUAUAUCAAAUGUCCGGCCGCCAAAGACGAAGUCUGUGCCAAGACCCAGGGCUCACACCAGGCUGCGACCUUUGAUAACGCCUGCGAGGUUCAGCGCUAUAGCUGCCUGACCGGACAAUAUUGGCACAUACUCUACGAGGGACCUUGCGAGUGCCCAGUCAAAUGUCCACUCACGUGUAGUCCUGUCUGUGCCGCACUGGGGAGUACGCAGAAAACCUUCCAAAAUUACUGUGAAAUGUUGCAGUUCAUUUGCCAUACAGGAGAACCUUGGAAAUACCUACGCAAUGAGGCUUGCUUAGAGGCAGAAUCCCAAUAUUCGGCGUAUUCAGGACCAUUCAUUUCUCGUGAAUCGUAUCCAGUGUAUGGACCCCAUCCUUAUGGACAACAUGCGUAUAGGUCACCCGCCUAUGGCCCUCCAGCUUAUGGCCCUCCAGCUUAUGGACCUCCUGCCUACCAAGCCCCAGCCUAUGGGCCCCCAAUGGCAUAUCCCAGAGGCUACCAAUCCCAACCACAUCCGUAUGCAGCAUCGCAGCUGCAGCCAUAUCAUCUAUCAAUCUCAAGGGACGCUUUGCCCACUGAGUCAAUGGAUGCGUUUGGCACAGCAACAACCAACAUAGUUUCCGAUAGAUCUACAAGCUCUCCUUAUACUGAAGCACCCACAUCGACUGAAUCAUCAACAGUUUCGACAGCAGCUCCAACCAAUUCAAUUGUAGCGGCUAAUGAGCCACAGCUUGUUGCACAAAGCUUAAUCAAAGAUACAAAAUCUGAAUCCGAUGCUAUUCCACAAGAUCCAUUAGCUACCGCUGUGAACACAACUGCUGUACCUUCAAAGUCCGUUUACGUAACAGAAGCUACCGUCAGUUCUACUUCGUAUUCUAGUUCAGAUUCGACUUCAGAAUCUACUUCGGAAACGACACCUGUUUCAAAUGAUUCAACAUCACCAAGCAAUGAACCUAGAAGGGUUCAAAGUAAGGCAGCAGUAGCAAAUCGGGAAGAAAACACUUCGGAAAGCAACACAACUCCUGUCGAAGUCUCUUCGAAUGCUACAUCGGCAGCGACACCUGUAAAUUCAAAUUCUGAUUCCACAACAGAAGCUUCUGCCAGUUCUGGCUCGGAGUCCACCUCGAGUGCCCCACCAAAAGAUAUAUACAGCUCUUAUACUUCAACAACUUUGUACUCAAGCCCUGUUACGUCUGAGAUAGCAUCAGCUAGGAAGGCUGUGGACUUCAAAGUAGAUAGCUAUACGCCUACAGAGGCUGUUUCCUCAUAUACCGCUGCAAAUAAUACAACUCAACUGCCCCUGGAAACUACAAUAGCUUCUGAUUCCACAACAAAAACGACAGAAACUUCAACUGAAGCAUCAACAGUGGGCAACGCACCACGAUCUAGAGCUCAAAACUUAAGUAGAGCUGCAGCUGUAAAUCAAACACAAAGUACUCUAGUUAAUAAUACCACUACGACGGAAAGUCCAUUAAGCGAUACAUCAGAGAUUACAGCCAUAAGCCCUAAUUCCACAACAGAAGCUCCUGUGAGUUUUGCCAGUAAUUCCACUGCGGUUGAGUCAUCAUACCCAACAACAGUUCCAUCAUAUGGAACGACUCGACAGUCCCAAGUUGAAAGCUUGAACUUAUCCACCUCAAAUGCAUUACCGAAUUAUGCAUCGGAAUCGACAGGUUAUCCUCAGGAAACUACCUCCGAACCUCCUGUGAGUUCGACCUCCGUCUCGACACCAGCUUCGACAUCGCCAAGCACUGAGCCACAAGUGAGAGCUCAAAGCUUAAGCAGAGCAGCAGCUGUUAAUCAGACCCAAAUUGAUCCAGUUAAUAAUACCACAGAGACUACAGCCAUAAGUCCUAAUUCCACAACAGAAUCUCCUGUGAGUUCUGCCAGUAAUUCCACUGCGGUUGACUCAUCGUACCCAACAACAGUUCCAUCAUAUGGAACGACUCGACAGUCCCAAGUUGAAAGCUUGAACUUAUCCACCUCAAAUGCAUUACCGAAGUAUGCAUCGGAAUCGACAGGCUAUCCUCAGGAAACUACUUCCGAACCUCCUGCGACCUCGACCUCCAUCUCGACACCAGCUUCGACAUCGCCAAGCAAUGUGCCACAAGUGAGAGCUCAAAGCUUAAGCAGAGCAGCAGCUGUUAAUCAGACCCAAAUUGAUCCAGUAAAUAAUACCACAGAGACUACAGCCAUAAGUCCUAAUUCCACAACAGAAUCUCCUGUGAGUUCUGCCAGUAAUUCCACUGCGGUCGACUCAUCGUACCCAACAACAGUUCCAUCAUAUGGAACGACUCGACAGUCCCAGGUUGAAAGCUUGAACUUAUCCACCUCAAAUGCAUUACCGAAAUAUGCAUCGGAAUCGACAGGCUAUCCUCAGGAAACUACCUCCGAACCUCCUGCGACCUCGACCUCCGUCUCGACACCAGCUUCGACAUCGCUAAGCACUGAGCCACAAGUGAGAGCUCAAAGUUUAAGCAGAGCAGCAGCUGUUAAUCAGAACCAAAUUGAUCCAGUUAAUAAUACUACAGAGACUACAGCCAUAAGUCCUAAUUCCACAACAGAAUCUCCUGUGAGUUCUGCCAGUAAUUCCACUGCGGUCGACUCAUCGUACCCAACAACAGUUCCAUCAUAUGGAACGACUCGACAGUCCCAGGUUGAAAGCUUGAACUUAUCCACCUCAAAUGCAUUACCGAAAUAUGCAUCGGAAUCGACAGGCUAUCCUCAGGAAACUACUUCCGAACCUCCUGCGACCUCGACCUCCGUCUCGACACCAGCUUCGACAUCGCCAAGCACUGAGCCACAAGUGAGAGCUCAAAGCUUAAGCAGAGCAGCAGCUGUUAAUCAGAACCAAAUAGAUCCCGUUAAUAAUACGACUCUUUCGAAUACCACACCUAAAGAGACAACGGAAGCAAUUGAAUCCACAACAGAAUCUCUUGUCAGUUCGACUUCGAAUUCCACAUCAGAAUCGAGCUCAGAUUUAACGACAGUUCCAACAUAUUCAUCAUCAACAAGUGAUGCGCCAGCCAUAGAUAAUACUCACCGUGCUUCAGAUAAAAAUACAACUUUAUCGGAGUUACCUAACCGAGAAAGUACGAAUGGAACCCAGUUGAUUGUACAAGUGUCUGAAAAGGAUGACGUUCAGACAGUUAAGAUCAAUAAUCAAAGUACCAAUCCGAGUCCGACAUACGUGUUCAUAUUUCUCUCCAAGUCCUCAGCACAAAAAGUGGAAGUAUGA